AUGGCUGACGCUAAGGCAAACGGUGUGGCCGAGGAUAUGCGUACGAGGGUGCGAUGGAUCGAAGUGGUUGUGAACCCGACGUCUGGGAGCGCGCUUGGGCAGGAGUUAGCGGAGAAACACGUCGAGCCUCUUUUGCGGUCUGCUGGGUGUAGAGUUCGGGUGCGCACGACGCAGAGCGCGACGGACGGUGUACGUAUCGGUGGCGAGAUAGCGCGCGACUGGCUGUGCUGCAACGACGAGCGUGCACUGGAUAUCGUCUCGAUCGGCGGUGAUGGGACGACGCACGAGCUGCUAAAUGGGCUCUACCUCUCUGGCUUUUGCUCGGACCAAGGCGCGAUCGCACUCGACGUUCGCUUGGCUCUUGUCCCGGCAGGCACCGCCAACGCACUCUUCUCGGCACUCUAUCCGCAUGACUGGACGCAAGACGUACAAGAACAGGUAGCUUCGGUACGGCGCGUUGGCGAGCUUGCAACAUGCGUGAUCGGCACGAUGCUGAACAGCGUUGGCUCGCUCGCUUCGGCACUCGACAAGCACGAAACAGGCAAGCUAUCACCGUUACCUCUGAUGCUGAAUAGUCUGGAUGUGGGGACGCAGAAGAGGUUGAUCAGUCACCUUGUCACGUCGCAUGCGCUGCAUGCUGCGAUCCUGCAUGAUGCGGAUACGCGCGAGAUGCGCGACAAGUACGUGGGCAUCGACCGAUUCAAAGCCGCUGCACAGAUCAACGCUACACGCUGGACACACGGUACGCUCACGCUGGAAGGUCCAGUCGGACGCUAUUCUCCCGAGACGGCAGCGUUCGAGCCGGUGAGCCAAGAGCCAAGCGUGGUGAUCAACGGACCGUUUUUGUAUCUCAAUGCGAUGGUGACGGACCGGCUGGAAUCGUCGUUCGUCCCAGCCCCGCUUUCGUGUGCGGCACAAUUGCCGCGCGAUGCGAUCGACCUCGUAGUCAUCCGUCCACGCCGCGAUGCAUCGCUUCCGCAAGACGACGUGCAAGCAGCGCGCGAAUUCGCGACCACGAGACUCGCCGAAAUCACAUCCGCCAUGUACAGCGCCGGCUCGCACAUCCACAUGACCUACUCCAACGCCAACGCCACCGAACCUGUGGUAGAGUACCUGCGCUGCUCCCGAUACACUUUCACUCCACAACACGCUGGCAAAGACUGGCUCGUGUGCACGGAUGGCUUGAUCUCACAUGCCAAAUCCACCACCGUGUCCAGAUGGCCAGAUACACCCCACCAAACCGCGCACGCUGACCGCGUCGGCAGACACCUGGCUCCUCCAAUGGUCUGGCGCUGA